CUUAGACUGGCAAGUUGCAACUUUGCAAGAAAUAACACAAAUAUUUUAGAGACGUGUGAAUUAAAUAAAAUCACAAAUUUUUGUACGCUUUCAAAAAUAAUAAAUGAAAAUAACAAUUUCAGCCAACAUAGACCAGUUAUCACCAAUUUACUCAAAAACAAAAGAAAAAUUGUGAUUAUUGGGCAUUAGUGGUAAAGAUUAAAGGAGAGAUGUAAUCAAAUCAACAUCACAUGACAUGACAGGACCUAGAACAAGUAUUUCUCUUCAAUUUCUUGCAUUUGAUUAACCGAAACUGGAAUUGUUUGCCACUUGCCAGUGAAAACCCUUGAAGAACUUCUGGGUAAAAAUGUUAUCUUGCUGGAAGAUAACACCUUUCAUUUCAUCAUCAAACACAUAUAAUUACAAUAAUUAUAACAAGAUUAGAAGAUUCUAUUGCAGGGCAGAUAAUUCUCAGAAUCAAAGUAUUGUUAAUGCAAUUUCACAAUCAAAUGAGAAUAAAAAGAGAGUUUUAGUUGUUGGGUCUGGUUGGGCUGGACUUGGAGCUGCUCAUCAUCUUAUCAAACAGGGUUUUGAUGUAACUGUUCUUGAAGGAGGUGCUGAUUCUGGGUUUUCUACCUACAGUCCUGAUGAAGUUGGAAUUCAAGGUUUCUGGUACCCCUAUCGUAAUAUAUUUAACCUAGUUGACGAGCUUGGUAUCAAGUCAUUUACAAACUGGAUGAAGUCUGCACAAUACUCACAGGAGGGAUUAGAGGUGGAAUUUCCUGUCUUCCAGGAUGUACCGCAACUACCAACUCCGCUAGGAGCCCUAACACAAAUCCAAUUCACGAAAUUACCUCUUGUGGAUCGUUUGACAGCACUUCCUCUGAUGGCUGCAGUGGUUGAUUUCGACAAUACUGAUACCGCAUGGAGAAAAUACGAUCCAAUUACUGCAAGAGAGCUUUUAAGACAGUUUGGAUGCUCAGAGAAGCUGUACCGAAAUAUUAUUGAUCCGUUGCUUGAAGUGCGUUUACAUGCACCAGCUGAGCAAAUUAGUGCAGCUGCUACUUUGGCUGUGCUCUACUACUACGUUGUUGCACAUCAGAAAGAUUUCGAUUUGAAACUGUGUUGUGGAAGUAUACGAGAAAAAAUAUUCGAGCCAUGGAGAGAAUUACUGAAAAGCAUGGGGUGUGGGUUCCGUAGAGGCAAGGGAGUUACUGAUUUCUUCUUCAAUGAAGAAACGAGUUGCAUUUCAGAAGUACUUUGCGGGAAUGACAGAAUAAAAGCUGAUGCAGUGAUCCUGGCUGUCGGCAUCUCCACCCUUCAGGAAAUCAUCGAAAAAAGUUCAGCACUGUGCAUCAGGGAGGAGUUCCUCAACGUUUUGAACUUGGAUUGCGUUGAUGCACUCUCUGUUAAGCUUCGUCUUGAUCAAAAGAUUCGUAUUCCAAAACCAUGCAACGCUUGCUCCGGAUUUGAUUCAUUAAAUGGGUGGACUUUCUACGACUUGAAUUCGAUCUAUGAGGAGCACGAAAAUGACGAAACAACAAUCUUACAGGCUGACUUCUAUCAUGCAAAUGCAUUCUUGCCCCUGACUGACGAACAAAUCGCUGCAAAAUCCAUGUCUUACCUUUCGAAUUACAUCAAAGAACUUGCAGAUGCUCGGAUUAUUGACAAGGAGAUAACAAGAUUUCCAAACUCCUUAACUCAUUUUUUCCCAGGGUCUUAUAAGUACUCAAUGCGCGGGUCAACUUCUUUCCCGAAUUUGUUCAUGGCAGGAGAUUGGAUAAUAAACAGACAUGGUUCGUGGUCACAGGAAAAAUCCUAUGUGACUGGGCUUGAAGCUGCAAACAGGGUUGUGGAUUAUCUAGCGGAGGGAGGUUUCGCAAAAAUUAUUCCUGUUGAAGAGGAUGAACCCCAUAUUGAAGCGCUUCGCAACCUUAGUAGAAGUUUCAGUGAGAUCAAAGCUCAGAUUCCAUGGUCUAGUUAUUUCCUUCAGUUAGCAGAUUAAACCUUCAGAAGAUAACUACCUAGAAAUCUCUAUGCCUAUACCAUACAUACCUGUUUAUAAAAUUUCUGUUACACUUUUUUUUGGUAGCAGAUGGUUCUGAUUAUACACAAUACUGAACUUCUAUAGGUACUUCUGUAAAUGGUGCAAUCAACUCAUAUAAAUGAAAUUGAUAUUAUCAGAUUCCUUUGUCUAGUUAUUUCCUUAUAGUCUCAGUCUGAGUCAUCAACCCGGUAUUCCGCACAUGUUAGGGUUCGGAGGGAGGAGGGUAGCGGACUGCAUUAUUACCUGGAACGACAUUCGAUUUGAAACGGUGAAUGGGAAGGGGAACACGAAACGCAGCCUAGAUUGACUCGGAAAUAAUUGGGU